GCGGCAAGGCCUGUUUGGCUUCAAGCUGCUGAAGAAGAUACGGAAGUGCCAUACAAACUUGUUCAACAGUCGCUUGAGCGUGCUCAUCACUGGCCUGGCUUUACAUUGAGAACCCUGCAAGGCCUUGGGCACGACAUCGGCCAGCAUGAGGCCACACUUCUCAACGAUUUUCUGAAAGCACACGCGCAGGAUGCCUAUUUCGAAGUUGAUAUGAACGACGCAUUUGAUGAGUGGGAUGAUUUGGAAUUGGACAUUGAUGUUGGUCCGUCAAUCCCAGGCAUAAACGCCUAG